AUGUCUUCUAUCUACAAGGCCCUCGCAGGAAAGAGCAAAGACAAUAAAUCAGAAAAGAAGCAAGGUAAUGUCAAGCAAUUCAUGAACAAGCAAAGAACCCUACUGAUCUCCAGUAGAGGUGUCAACUACAGACAUCGUCAUUUAAUUCAAGAUUUGAGUGGAUUAUUGCCUCACUCUAGAAAGGAGCCUAAACUGGACACUAAAAAGGAUCUUCAGCAGUUAAAUGAAAUCGCUGAGCUGUAUAACUGUAACAACGUUCUAUUCUUCGAGGCUAGAAAGCACCAAGAUUUGUAUCUAUGGUUAUCGAAACCACCAAACGGUCCCACCAUUAAAUUCUACAUUCAAAAUUUGCAUACCAUGGAUGAAUUGAACUUCACAGGUAACUGUUUAAAGGGUUCUCGCCCAGUAUUAUCUUUUGAUCACCGUUUCGAAUCUUCUCCACACUAUCAAUUGAUUAAAGAGUUACUAAUGCAUAACUUUGGUGUGCCACCAACUGCCAGAAAGUGCAAGCCCUUCAUCGACCACGUAAUGUCUUUCAGUAUCGUGGAUGAUAAGAUAUGGGUAAGAACAUAUGAAAUCUCUCAUAGUACCAAGAAUAAAGACGAAUACGAAGAUGGUGAGGAAGACAUAUCGUUAGUGGAAAUUGGGCCAAGAUUUGUCAUGACUGUAAUUCUGAUUUUGGAAGGCUCAUUUGGUGGUCCAAAAAUUUAUGAGAAUAAACAAUACGUCUCACCAAACUUCGUUAGAGCUCAAAUAAAACAGCAAGCUGCUACGGACGCAAAGUCUAGAGCCGACGCUGCUGUGGAGAGAAAGAUUAAGAGAAGAGAGAACGUCCUUGCAGCAGAUCCUUUAUCCAAUGAUGCCUUGUUCAAAUAA